UCUUGUAAAAGCUAUAUAAGGGACAUCAAUAUUAUUCAAUAAACAGCUUGGGAAGAAUUAAUUCUUUUGUGCCUUGACAAGGUCGGCCACAGAUUAUUUUAUUAUUCUCUUCUCAUAUUCUCUAUUUGCUAGAUCUAAAACGAGAUCCUAACCACGCCCGUAACAAUUUGAUAUCAGAGCCUUCAUGUUCCUGUCCGAUUCAUCUUAUUCCGCACCUUUUCAGUUUUAUCACAUUCCUACUCGGUUCAAAUUUUUCCCUGCCCUUUUUUCCUGUUCAGAAUCCUUUAAAACGAAAAAAAUUAUUGUUGGACCAGCACAUCCAGUUCUUCGAGGAAGCAAAAAAAAAAAAGAUGCAGGUCAACGACGCUUCACUAGUGACAAAACUCCAACAUAGUGCAAAUCGGUAUAUGCAUGGCCAAGGACGUUUGAGUAAAAAUCUUCGUGAAUUGAAUGUCUCGAUCUCUGAAACAACCAAAGCUCUCGCAACUGCUAUGGAGGGUCUGACUGCUGCUACAAGGAAACUUGCUUCUGUCAUUAUUCUUCCUUCAAUGCAGACCUUUGACACCGUUAUGGAAGAUCUUGGCUUUGUUACAAAGAGAGUUGCUUCAAUCCAAACAGCCCCUCUGCGCCGUACGUUUAGCCCUGUGUGGAAACAGUUAUCCCGUGCUAUCAUGGCUGCAAGGCAUGCUAAAGGUUUAUGUUAUAAUUGUGACCAAGAAUGGUUCUGAGCCCAAAAUCGCUGCAAACGUCUGUUUUGCAUAGAAAUUUUAGAUUCAGAAGAUCCACCCUAUACACCAUCUCCUUUACUGCAGCCAAUAACUCAGAUGCCUCCGCCAUCGGAUAAGAUUUUGCAACCCACAAUCUCUACCAUCUCAAUGGUUGUCACUAACCGAAUUGUUUCCACUGAAAAAGCUGAGGCUUGAACCAGUACCACCCACACCUAAAACUGUAUCUCAACAACCCUCAUUGCCUCCACAUCUACCAUAUAAGUUGAUACUAAAUCCUUUGCCAAAUCCGGUAGCCCAAAAGUUUCUGGUAAUCUACUAGAAAAGAUCUACAACUUUCCACUACACUUAAAUCUCUGCAAGUAUUUAAAGAAUGAAUGCCUUGGAGAAUUGAAGAGGAAAAAGUGUCAUGAUGUCCUAGGAAAUCAACUCAUCAACCUUCACUUUAUCACACAUGGUUGUUUGUCCGUUUCUUUCCCAAUAAUGCUGUUUGGUCGUGGAAAAGGUGGACACUACCGCCAGUUACUUCUCUUCAAGCUUGAUGUCUAAGAGGGGAGUAAUGAUAUGGGAGAAGAAGUCAAGAAACAUUAUAUUAUUAUUAUUACUAUUUAUUAUUUCUAUGUCUGCUUUAGGCAGCUUCUUAAUUAGCAUUUAUCUCCUAUAAUUAUUCAUAUUCUGCUUUAGGCGGCUUCUUAAUUAGCAUUUAUCUCCUUUUAUAAUUAUUCCUAUUCUGCUUUAGGCAACUUCUUAGUUAGCAUUUAUUUCCUCUUAGGACUCUUGUAAUAGCUAUAUAAGGGACAUCAAUAUUAUUCAAUAAACAGUUUGGG